AUGACGACGGCCCAAGCCGUGCGCGAUGCCGCUGCCAAGCGUAAGUCGAGGGCUAGCACAUCAAGCAAAGGUGAGGUGCGCCUUCCCGAGCCGUACACCGGGAGCGUGGUCGAAGAGGUUUUCUCCUUGGAGCAGGUGCCAUCCGUUGAGGACCUUUCCAACCUCUUGCAGAAGGAAGGUUGGUCUGCAAAGCUUUGGAUCACAGGCGUGCAUGGUAGCGGAGCCUCCAUAGAGGCUUCAGAGCUUGUGAAGAUCCAGGGCAGCAAGGCUCAUGAGGGGCCACCGAGUUGGGAUGGAGACGCUGGCAGCUUUCAGGAGUAUGAGGAGAGUAGCUUACUCUGGGAGCAGUCGGUAGCCUACGAGAAGAGAUAUCUCUGCGGGCCAAAACUGGCCGCGGCACUCAAAGGUGCUGCCAAGAAGCAUGUGGCGGGGAAGCCUCCCAAUUGGCUUUCGAACAACCAAGGCGUGCACACCUUGAUGCAGCACCUGAGGGCCGCACUCGGCCGGCCCCAGAUCUCCGACCUGACUGACUACCUGAGCAAGUACAGGGAUCAAGAAGCGUUGCAACGCGUCAGCCCGUUCCAGCCCGGCGAGACCAACAAGGCUAAAGGCAAGACUUCUACGUCCUGGGCACCAUCGUGGAACUCCAGCAGGCGGAGCAGCUACGACUACACGCCUGCCGAGGAAGCGACCGAGGACCAGGACGAGGCACAGGAGACGGAGGCGACGACCGCCUCCACCGAGGACCGAUCAUGGAGUUAUUGGCAGCGCGGCCAGUGGAACUACGGACGCCAGGAGUGGGGCUACUCUUGGUGGGGUAGUCCGUGGAACCACCACUGGACUUGGAACAAGGAGCCCGCGGAGGAGGCCCCAGCGAUGCCCGAGCUCCUCCCGAACUACGUCCAGGGGUGGUACUUACUCCAUGAUUCGGGCUUGACGGCCCAGGAGAAGAACAGUGUUCAGACGGCCCUCCAAGGCGACUUCCGCUACGAUCGGGUGGCCCAAGAACUUCGGAACCAGUGUGCGGUUCUCGACGGACAACGUCGGGAAUAUCAUCCGAAGAACUCGGGCUACAUGGGUGAGCUCUACGACGAGGAGCUGGACGAGGACGAGACGCAGACCGUGGAGGCCGACCCGAUCAUGGAGGCCGAGCACCAAGAGGAAUGGCAGGAAGCGGAAGAAGAUGCUCAGUCCGCCCUGGCUGCGAUCACUCAGGGCAGGCGGACGCUGAAGGAAGCGAGACAAAGACAGAACAAUGUGCGACUGGCGAGGCAGUACUUUCGCACCAACUCUGGCGCAGGGCACCGCGAUGGAGGAAAAGGCCGAGAUGAGAAGAUGACGUGUUUGCGAUGCGGCCGAACAGGCCACCGCGUCGCAAACUGCCCGGAUCCACCGACGGCUGCCGCAAAAAGUGCCGAACCAGUGGCUGCUACAUCUUCCUUUGUCUGCUUCUGCGAUCAGCCCCAAGCCCUCACCGUGGAGCAGAGCGCCGAGGACCACGACAACUACAUGCACGCAAUGAUGAGCGGCAUCUCCACGGCGGACGCGGUCUCCCAGGGAAAGGCCGUGAUCGACGGAGGAGCCACGAAAACUCUGGCUUCUAUCAAUGCCAUGGAGCGGAUCAUGCAGCUGAACAACCUCAAGAGUGGUCAUUCAGGACUGAUCUCAGUGGACACCACUGAGAGGUCCACUGCCUCGACCGAGGCACUGGGCCGAUGGCACCAACUGAUACCCAUGACAGAGGACUGGCUUGCUAAAGGCGUGGCCACGACCUGUGAACUGAUUGUGAGCUCCAGCAAGAAGGCGGUAGCUAUCCUCGCCAUCAACAACACCAAGCGCAGCAUGCCGAAGGUCACCAAGGAGGACUUGCGCAUGGAGCUGCUGAACCACGGCGAGACGCCGCCACAAAGCUGGACGAUGGUAGAGUUGAAUCAACGACUCCGAGAACUCCGGGAGCAAGGCCUUUUGGAGACCGAGGAGGCGAGCCCCAACUCUACCAUGGAAAAGAUGCUCAAGGACUUACGCCGAGCCAGCAAGCUCAAGGCGAACCUGACCAAGUACUGCACCGAGGUGCUCAAGCUCGAGCUGACGGGGAACGAGGUGAUGGCGAAGAUGAUCGACAAAGCGACCAAGGAGAUCCGCCGGGUGUGUCCGGCCAACGAUCUGGCCGGCUUCGGAAAGCAUGCCAACGAGCGCUAUGUUGCCAUUGCCACGCAGUACCAGGACUAUGCGGCGUGGGUGAAAACUACGUUCCAGGAGAGCGGCGAGGACCAUGUGGACCCCAGAUUGGCACGGCUGGCCAAGUGGCUCUUGGAGAUGGACCGGAAGCCCACUCCGAAGGCCCCACCAGUCACGCGCAAGGAGCUGGGCUACAUGAAGAUGCAGAGCCCGAGCACCUCAAGCCAUGUGUCAGGCCGCACCGGAACGAGCCGAGCCAGCACCGACCCUACCAGCGUGCAGGCGGUGAAGAUGAUGCUGGAAAUGGCCGAGGCGAUGGAGUCGAUGCGCCAGGAGCUUGCCGAGGUGAAGGGCCAGCGACCACGCAAGACCGCGGGGAAGACCGAAGGGGGCCACCUCACCGAUGGGUCGUUCAGUGUACUGAGCGAGGCGAUGAACGAAUUUGCUCAACUGAAAAGCCAGAGCACGAGGCAGCUAUCCCCAGGCCAAGCGCGAGCCUUGGAGAGGCAAGCCUGGUCUGUAGUUCCCGACCUUUUUCAGUCCCUUGUAGGCUUCCAGAGACCGUGUCUCAUGGAGUGUGCGUGUGAAGCCGACAAUCUACUGGCCAGCACUGUUCAGUCUGUGGCAAAAAGGGAGGACGCAGUGACCCAGUGCUACUUGAACAAUGGAUGUGAUCUGUCUACCGAUGAGGGAGUGCGACUCGUGUUGAGCCGCAUUGCAGCUGAGCAGCCACAACACAUUUGGUUGCGACCUCCCAGUGGACCCUUCUCUCCCAUGCAGGGCCCGAACCAAGCCAAUAAGGAACAAGUGGAAGCCUUGAAGGAGAAGCGUAGGCAUGCCACGAGGGUCUUUGUAGGAUGCGCUUGCGUGAUACACAGUGCGGUGCAGAAGGGUAUACAUGUGACCUUUGAAUUGGCCGACCGCUCAGAUGCUUGGAGGCUUCCUCUGCUGAACAAUCUCCAGCAGAAAUACGGGUUGUAUAGGGCGGUGGCUAGCGGUUGUGCGUUCAAUCUGAGGGAUUCGACUACGAAGAGGUUGGUUCAAAGGGGAUGGCGAAUUCUGACUACGCAUAAAAGGCUCGCUGAAGACCUUGAGGCCCCAUGUAGAUGUCCCCAGUCCUACCUUCAUGGCAAGUGCACGGGAUCCUUUAAGAAUGGUGCUCAUGGGUACACUUCUGAACUGACCCACAGAAUAGCCAGGGUUUUGACUCAAGAAAUGGGCCACGUGGAAACCCUCCAGGAGUGUCAGGGUUCGAGCUACUUGUGUCAAGCCUUCGGAGGGGGUGAGUUUUGUACGUGUGGAGAAGUGAGCAUGCCCGGGAAUCCUCGAACGUGUGCAAAUUGUCUUGUGGGCCGUCGGGAUCUUCAAGGGGUGAGAGAACAAAGGGUUUCGGAAAAGGUUUCAGGGCAGGCCCAGGUGGUUAUCGACCAAGGUGACAAGGAGCCUGAGGUUACUUCGGAGGAGUGCAUGUUGGAAAAGGAAGCUGAGGUUAUGGUGUCUCAGGAGAGAGUGAACCACGUUGAGGCCCAGGCUCAAGAGUUGUUAAAGGCCCAUAACUACAGUCACAAGAAGUGCGAAGAACUCGUGAAACAACUGCCCUUCCAGGACCACCCUCGACCCAGGCAAGCCCAUAGUCAAGCUAAGCCGAGGUACCUUGUUCUAGGUGUUUAUGCGUACGGGAACCACUACGGAGUGACUAAGAUUACCCGACAACUGCCCCAGACGUGUCAAUACAUCCUUCAGUAUUUGCAGCACUGGUCCCAGGACACCAUUCAAUGUAGCAGUGUCAUCGUGAACGACAAUUGUCAAAUGCAAGCGCAUAGGGACGUCAACAACCUUCCCGAUACUUUGAACCAUCUGAUUGGCGUGACUCCAUAUCAACAUGGAGAAAUGUGGCUUGAAGGCCCCAGCACUAAUCCCAAACACCCUUCCUGUAAUCUCCAAUUACCCACAGGUGAGUACAAGUCAGGACACCUACGACGGACCCGACACCAGGUUGUGACUUUCGAUGCCCGGAAGUGGCAUGCCACGCAACCGUGGCACGGUCACAGAGUGACCAUUGGGGGUUACACCAGCAGAGGGGUUCUUCAUUUGAGUGUUGAGGAGAUUCAGUGGUUGAAGGCUUGUGGGUUCCAGUGGCACGAGAAGGAAUCGAAGGUUGAGGUCAGUGCGGUGUUUCGAAAGGAGGCUAAGAAGGGAAGCAAGGUUGAAGAAGAAAUCAAGCGUAAGUUGUAUCUUCUUCAUGCGGCUACGGGACAUGGAAGCACAAAGAACUUAGUCGAGGCCCUCAAGCGUCGUCACGUGGACCCCUUAGUUCUUAGAUUAGCCGAAGAAUUUCAGUGCCCCAUAUGUCACGAACGGAAGAAAGCCCAACCGAGACAGCUGGCGUCCCUCGAACCAUUGCCUCCCAAAUUUCACACCAUCACGGCCGACAUUGGCCAUUGGAACUGUCCCCAUAGCGGGGAAACCCAGAAUUUCAUGAUAGUGGUUGAUGAAGGAUCUCGUUUUAGAGUGGCGAAAAUCCUUACCAAGGGCAACAAGCAAACCCCCAACGCCGCCACUUGCCUGAACUUUCUGUCGGAAGGCUGGAUCCAGAUCUUCGGGAAGCCCCGAGCGUUGAGGCUCGAUCCGGCAGGCAGUUUCCGCUCGGCAAGUGUAGAGGACUUUUGUGAUCGCAAUGAAAUAUAUCUGGAUAUCAUACCCGGGGAAGCACAUUGGCAGAUUGGAACAGUGGAGAAUGCGAUUCAAGGGUUAAAAACUGUUAUGACGAAGCUCAGUGCGGAAGACCCAAGCUUGUCUGCGGAACAAGUCAUGAGUUUGGCCAUUAGCACGUUCAAUCAACGAGAACUGGUGAGGGGAUUUUCCCCGGUCCAGCAUGUUCUGGGCAGCGCGCCAGACGAGACGGGACGACACCUCCACUCUGAAAGACCGCAGCCUCCCGAUGUGAUUCUGAAUCAGCCCUUACAAGAUUUUCGGAAGGAGGCCGAGCUACGGGCUUCAGCGGAAAAGGCGCUAGUGGAGUGGCAAGCACAGCAGAGAGUGACUCGGGCAGUGAACUCGAGGACGAGGCGGAGCCACCUGUACCACCCGGGGGAUCUCGUCUAUUUCUGGCGCACCCAAGAGUCAGGACGGGGGAAGCGCAGUCCCAAUACAACGCAAGGUCGGUUCUUGGGGCCUGCACGCAUAUUGGCCAUGGAAACCAGACGGUCUGCAGAUGAUGAGCCACGCCCGGCCCACUCUGUGUGGGUAGUGCGUGGGCGGCACCUUAUGAAGUGUAGCCCCGAGCAGCUGAGACCUGCCAGUCAAAGGGAGGAAUUGGUAGAGUCUCUGGCCACGAGUGACCAGACACCGUGGACCUAUACGAGGCUCGCUGAGGAGAUAGGUGGCAGCCAGUAUGAAGAUAUUAGUGCCGAAGUUCCAUCCGAACAGGAGUGGCAGCGAGCUCAAGAUGUUCAGGAAGAGGUGUCGCCACCCAGGACCCGGAUACGCGGCAAGCGAGCCGCACCAAUACCGGAUGACGAUUUGGACCUCGAGGACCCAGAGGCAGGUGAACCCAGCCAACCAAGCAGUAUCCGACGAGUCGGACAGCUUCCAGGACCCCGCCAGGCGGGACUCUCUGGAGAAAAGUGGCAGGCAUCAGUAGCUGAGAGCGCGUGGGCUGCUGAGGAAACUUGCUAUUGGGCCCAAGAAGAGGCGGCAGUGGCUAUUGAGAUUGAGGUUCCCCAGAGCAAUCGUGGAUGGGAGAAGUUUCUGAACAAUCCUCAAGCCUACUUUGUGGGAGCAUUGCGAAGGCGAGCCGUGGAGGUAAGCGAGAAGCGCCUAUCAGCUGAGGACCGUUUGAAGUUCCAGGAGGCCAAAGCAAAAGAAGUGCGCAACUUUAUUGCUGCCCAGGCCUUCGAGGCACUUCCCGACCACUUGAAGCCAUCAAAAGAUCAGGCGAUUGGUAUGAGGUGGCUACUUACUUGGAAGACUCAGGACGAUGGGAGUGUCCGUCCGAAGGCCAGGGCCAUCUUGCUUGGAUACCAGGACCCAAACUACGAGUUUAGAUCCACUACCUCCCCGGUUAUGUCGAGGCAGACCCGACAGUUGUUCCUACAAGCCGCCGCCAACCGUCAUUGGCGAAUCCAGAAAGGGGACAUCACGGGAGCAUUUCUUCAAGGAAGAGAGUACCCUAGUGAGUUGUUCUGUAUACCAUGUGAUGAAAUCCUGGCAAGCAUGAACCUUCCACCAGGCACGGUCACGCGUUUAAAAAGGGCCUGCUACGGUCUGGUUGACGCUCCUUUGGAGUGGUAUCGGACGAUAGCUGAGUUUCUGGAGUCCAUCGGCCUUACGAGGUUGUGGAGUGAUGCGUGCGCCUGGAUGUGGAGACCACAGGGUCAAUUAAGGGGAAUGGUGACGGGUCAUGUGGACGAUUUUCUGUUUGGGGGCUCCGAGGAGGAUCAAGGUUGGCAAGAGGUUAUCCGUUUGAUCAAAGAGAAGUUUAGAUGGGGAGAUUGGGAUCAGGACAAAUUCGUUCAAUGUGGGGUGCAAAUUGAAACUACCAGUGACGGAUUUACCCUCUCCCAACCUCACUACCUCUCGAACCUCGAGGAGAUACACAUCAACGCCACACGGCGUAAGGACCGAAAGGCCGAGACAACCGAGUGGGAGAAGACCCAACUCAGGGCCUUGCUUGGAGGACUCAGCUGGUUUGCCCAGCAGACAGGACCGCAUCUUGCAGCAGAGGUGAGCAUGAUGUUGUCUGCUGUGUGUGAAUCACGAGUUGAGACGAUCAUUGAAGCGAAUCUUCUUCUCCAGCAUGCUAAAGAGCGAAAGAACCAUUUCUUGCAGAUUUUCAGGCAUAAGGAUGAGGACAUGCAGUUUUAUGCCUGGGUUGACGCUGCAAACAAGAACAGGGCCCGCGAAGGAAGUACUCAAGGCGUCUUCAUAGGAGCCUCGUCAAAGCAGCUUCUGCAGGGAGCAGUGUGUGCAGUGAGCCCCAUGUCAUGGAGCUCCACAAAGAUUGAUCGUAGUUGCCGCAGCCCGGGCUCAGCCGAAACCCAAGCAGCAGUGAAUGGCGAAGACUCGCUAUUUUACAUGCGGUACCAAUGGGCCGAGAUGCAGUUUGGCAAGGUCAAUCUGCAAGCACCCUCUGAGACCGUGAAGCUGGUGGACGGCUGUUUGAUCACGGACUCUCGGAACGUCUACGACAAGUUGAGGACCGAGGUGCUAACGGUGCAGGGCGCAGAGAAAAAGGCAAAUCUGGAACUGCUCAGCGUCAAGGAGUCCCAGAUGUCCACUAAUCUGAAAGUGAGAUGGGUGCAUUCAGAAGCUCAGUUGGCUAACGCUCUCACCAAGAAGGGCGGAAAGGAACUCGAGCUCUACUACAAGAUGCGCUUCAUGUGGCGGAUAGUGGAGGACCCAGCUAUGCGCUCGGCAAGACGACGACGUCAAGAGGGACUUCAGCCUUUUGACCAGACUCAAGUGUCAGAUAAUGUUAAUGAGACUCCUGAAACCCAGGGGAAUGGGGGGCAUGCAAGUGAUUGA